GUCCGGCGCAACGAGCGUGCCGAUUGGGUAAAUGAGCUUUGGCGUCACCGAAUCCGGAUGUAUCUCGCGAGGUAAGAGGAACAUUUGUUUUCUUAUCACUGACGGCUCGUAAUGCAAGCCUGGCGACCAGCGAGAGACUUCAUGUAGCAGUUUAGGAAUCCAGCUUUCGUCUGUACACAAAAUCUGACUGGGAUGGUAUCAUGGACAUGGAGAAUCAUCAAGAAGGAGAGACACAGGGAGUCAAGAUUUGUGGUCCACUGAUAGAAGGCAACACACCAGCAGCAGACACCCUGGCAACCUCACUUUCGCUUUUAGGGAAUCACAUGUUUCCUGAUCUAGUGGCUAGGAAGGCUGCCCAUGAUGAGGAGCAGACACAAGAUGUUCCAGAAGAACCCCCCCAGGACACAGAAGGCUCUCAUCCUCCCCCGGCGACCGAGCCAGAAAGCGAGGAGCCCCAAGACGAUGUUGUGGACGGUGCACAAAGUGAAUCUGGAGAAUUUGUUGUCACCGUGCUGGCCAAGGCCAAGCUGGAGGAGCAAGGCUUCGGCGUGAAGGGUCGCUCGUCGCCACUGCUGGAGACUGGCAUCCAGGAAUCUCCCCCCACCGCCCACGGCGUGUCCCACCGUGACGAGGACGUGACGACAGAAAGUUGGCGGCGGCACAGGAAACACGUUUUUGUGCUGAGCGAAGCCGGAAAGCCCAUCUAUUCACGCUAUGGCAGCGAAGAAGCUCUGUCGUCUACGAUGGGCGUCAUGAUGGCGCUAGUGUCCUUUGUGCAAAGUGGAGAUAACAUCAUACGUUCCGUCUACUCAGAGGAGCACACGGUGGUCUUCCUCCAGAAAGGCCCCCUGGUGCUAGUGUGCGUGUCCAGCAGCCAGCAAUCGGAGCAGCAGCUGCGUGGGGAGCUCCUCUACGUCUACUACCAGAUCAUCAGCAUGCUCACGCAGGCCAGUAUCUCGCGCAUUUUCGAGCACAAGAAGAACUACGACCUGCGGCGGCUGCUGGCGGGUUCUGAGAAGAUCCUGGACGGCCUCCUGGACCUGGUGGACUCGGACCCCAGCUUCUUACUGGAAGCCGUGCACUGCCUGCCACUCGCCUCCUCCCUCAGGGACUCCCUUAGCCAAAUUUUGCAGAAGGCCAUCACGCCCAACCUGGUCUUCUCCAUCCUCAUUGCUAAGAAACAGCUGCUGACCGUGGUGCAGGAGAGGGCGGUCAUCGAGGACGCACGUUUGGAUCCUGCUGACGUCCACCUGCUGCUCAACCUGAUCGGCGCCUCCUCCGCCUUCCAGGCCGGCGAGAUCUGGACACCCAUCUGCCUGCCGCUCUUCAACCCCGACUGUUACUUCUAUGCGUACAUCUCUUACUUGGACCCGCCCGAGUGCACCGUGUGCCUGCUGCUGCUCUCCACUGACAAAGAGGCCUUCUACGCCGUGGCUGAGUGCAAGCGGCGCAUCGAGGAGGCUAUGAUGGCGCAGGGCUCGUUGGGCCUCAUCGCCAAGGUGCAGUCAUACAGCGUGAGCCAGGUGGGCGUCGCCGACCUCAGGCACUUCAUGUACAAGCCCUUCGACGUGCCCGACAACCACCGCCAGCUCACACAGUUCACCAGCCCCGAGAUGGAGGCCCCAUACCACAACGAGGAGGAGAAAAUGAGGCUGCUGGACCUUUACCGUUCCAUGCACAGCCGCAUCCACAGCAGCUCUCGACCGCUCAAGCUCAUCUACCACGUGGCCGAGAGGGAAACUCUGCUAGCAUGGGUGACAAGUAAGUUCGAGCUGUACACGUGCUUCAGUCCACUGGUGACCAAGGCGUGCGCCAUCACAGUCAUCACCAAGCUCCUCCGCUGGAUCAAGAAGGAGGAGGAGCGUCUCUUUAUCAGGUACCCGCCCAAGUACUCCACCACGCCUAACCCCGCGAAGAGCUUGCGGGGGGCCAAGGCGGAGCCGACGGACUCUGCUGACAACGGCUUCCUGUCCCUGCUAUGAGGGGACCCAUCAAACGCUACAUUUUGACACUUGCCAGCGGGGGACGCAAAAGCAAGCGGUAGGAACACCUUUUAAUUUUCAGCCGGAAGCGGCGAUGGACAGCGAUAUUUAAGUGGUUUUACUUAGUUUUAUCAAACAAUGAAUGUAUUGCAUGGGAGACUUCUUUAACAGGAUUAUUAUGCAAGUGGAGAUGGACAAACGAGAACAUCCUUGCAAUAAAACCUCAGAGCCCCAAAAACGUUUACCCCACAAUUGCUCAUAAGAUAGAAUGAUAAUAAUAAUAAACUGUUGUUUGUUUGUCAUCAGUUUAGUACAGCCCUUAGAGGACUCAAGAGAGAAUUUGGGUCACAUAGAAUAUUAUAUUACGAGAAUAAAAAGUCAUAUCGUUAGCCCAGUUGCAUAGUUGUCUCAGUCAUAUUUGAACGUUUUCAGAAAACAGGACAAAAACACAACGAAUUCAACAAGAAGAGUCCAGUUGCCUCGAUUCAACCUUUGCAGAUUACCAGGCCCUGGAUAACUGACAUUAAGAAAAAAAAGUUUAGCAAGUCCAUCUAUAUUUUUUAUUGAUGAUGUGUCAGUAAGUUAGAAAUGACUUACGCAAUUAUGUAAGUCGGCUAACGAUACGUUUUCCAGGUAAGUUGUACUUUUGUCCUGUAUGUUGUAUUUGUUUCUAUAUAUUUUUUGUGUUUUUUUUCAAAAUUUCUUUUUUUGUGUUGGAAGUUUGAAUCUUACGAGAAUAAAGUCGUAUAUUUUCAAGAUAAAGUCAUAUUUUUUCAGGAUAAAAUGCUUUAUUUUAGGGGGACAAUAAGUGGUGUUCUUUCAGGGAAAAAGUCACUAACUUACAAGUGGUCAUAUUUUUUCAAGAAUAAAGUAAUUUUUUUUAAGAUAAAAUGUUCUAUUUUUUAUAGCUAAAACAUUGUUUUUGCAGAGCGAAAAAGUUUUCUUUUUUCAUGAAUGAUUUUUCGCCAAAAUAUGAAUUUUUUCAUGAAAAAUAGAACAUAUUAAAGUAAAUUUCCAUUAUUCUAAGAUGAAGACUUUUUUUCUCCCUUAAAAAAAUACACUCAUAAGAUUACAACUUUUUAUUCAAGGAAAUUGAUGCCCUUGUUAAAUUUCAAAUUUAAUAUAAUAGGAAUAAAAUAAGCUUGUAUUCUCAUAGAACUACGACAUUUUUCUCAGAACACUUUUUCAUGAAAAAUAAAUACGACUAUUCGCAUGCAAAUUUUUUUUUUUCUCUGAAAAAUAUUCCUUCUCACAAAAUACAUCUUGGAAGAUGCAUCAUUUCGACUUUUCGAAAACUGCUUAUAAUAUUCUCGUGAUAUAAUUAUUUUACAGUGUGGCCUUAAUACUCCUUUGUAGUGCAAAAAUAAAAUAUUCCAAACAGGAAAUAUUUAUCUGUUACAACUCACCGUAUUUAAGUGUUUUCAUCAGCAGGACUUGAAACUAUUUAUCAUUGUAAUGUGCUUGGGUAGAGAAUUCCUGAACCGUUUUCUAUGUCACGUUUCUUAAAGAUGCUCUUUAUACAGCAGCCUCAUCAUUCAUGUGUUGUUGAUGUCACUUUAAAUAGUCUGAGUCUACGCCUAUGAUAGUAUUAAGAAAUCCCCCGCCCCAGGUAGCACAAGUACGUAAGUGUUGAAUGUGCAGGGUGGGUUUGUUGUCACUAUUUGCAGUUCUACAACCACACCAAUAAAAAUAUUGUUAAAUUAAUACUAAAA